AUGUCAGGGGAAGAGGACUUUUAUCUGUUCAAGAACACCUCUUCGGUGGGGCCAUGGGAUGGGUCUCAGUAUCACAUUGCCCCCAUCUGGGCCUUCCACCUCCAGGCAGCCUUCAUGGGCCUUGUCUUCUUUGUAGGGACACCACUCAAUGCCAUAGUGUUGGUGGCCACACUGCAGUACAAAAAGUUGCGACAGCCACUCAACUAUAUUCUGGUCAAUGUGUCCCUGGGGGGCUUCCUCUUCUGCAUCUUCUCUGUCUUCACUGUCUUCAUCGCCAGCUGUCAUGGAUACUUCUUCUUCGGCCGCCAUGUCUGUGCUCUGGAGGCCUUCCUGGGCUCUGUGGCAGGUCUGGUGACAGGCUGGUCACUGGCCUUCCUGGCCUUCGAGCGCUACCUUGUCAUCUGUAAGCCCUUUGGCAACUUCCGCUUCAGCUCCAAGCAUGCACUGAUAGUGGUCCUCGCUACCUGGGUCAUUGGUAUUGGUGUCUCCAUCCCACCCUUCUUCGGCUGGAGCCGGUACAUCCCUGAGGGCCUGCAGUGCUCCUGUGGCCCUGACUGGUACACUGUGGGCACCAAAUAUCGCAGCGAGUACUACAGCUGGUUCCUCUUCAUCUUCUGUUUCAUUGUGCCCCUCUCUCUCAUCUGCUUCUCCUACUCGCAGCUACUGAGGACCCUCAGGGCUGUGGCAGCUCAGCAGCAAGAGUCAGCAACAACCCAGAAGGCUGAGCGGGAGGUGAGCCGCAUGGUGGUGGUGAUGGUGGGAUCCUUCUGUGUCUGCUAUGUGCCCUAUGCUGCCCUGGCCAUGUACAUAGUCAACAAUCGUAACCAUGGGCUGGACUUACGGCUUGUCACCAUUCCUGCUUUCUUCUCCAAGAGCUCCUGUGUUUACAAUCCCAUCAUCUACUGCUUCAUGAACAAGCAGUUCCGAGCUUGUAUCAUGGAGCUGGUGUGUAGGAAAUCCAUGGCAGAUGAAUCUGAUAUGUCCAGCUCCCAGAAAACAGAAGUUUCUGCUGUCUCUUCUAGCAAAGUUGGCCCCAACUAAGGACCCCACAUUGGACUGUUUGCAGCAAAGAACUUCCUAUUUAUGUAAGAUUCUCCUUUCUUCAUCAAAAACUAAUACCAUGGGGGGGGGGGUUGGAUAAGCAGUAGUGGCAGU